UCUUCCUAUAUAUACUCAACCUUUCUCUUACACCCACUUCAUAAUAAUCCUAUUUCUCUCUCUCUCUAAACAUCGAUUCGAACCUCAUUCUCCCUCUCGUUUCUCUCUCCAGCAAUAAAGACUAAUUGAUAAUGGAUGGAAGUUGCACAGAUGAUCAAAGCACAACCACUGAAACAACUUCAACGGUUGCUGCACCUGUGACUACGCCGCCGCUGAUCGGCAGUGGGGGAAGCGUGGUUCUUGACCUGGAAGGUGGUUUGGAAGCCGAGUCAAGGAAGCUGCCUUCAUCAAGAUUCAAAGGCGUAGUCCCACAACCUAACGGCCGUUGGGGUGCUCAGAUUUAUGAGAAACACCAGCGCGUGUGGCUUGGAACCUUCAACGAAGAACAUGAAGCUGCCAAGGCGUAUGAUACCGCCGUUCAACGCUUUCGUGGCCGAGAUGCCGUCACUAACUUUAAGCCGCUUCCAGCCGACACGGAUGAAGCCGGGUUGGAAGCCAGUUUCUUGAAUUCUCAUUCCAAAGCUGAGAUCGUUGAUAUGCUGAGAAAACACACUUACAAUGACGAGCUGGAGCAAAGUAAGAGAAGCUGCAGCUUACACAAAACCCCUUUUACAGAUGGGUUCAGAUCGGGUCAUCAGCUGGUCAACGCCCGGGAACAACUGUUUGAGAAGACCGUCACCCCCAGUGACGUCGGAAAACUAAACCGACUAGUGAUACCAAAGCAGCACGCCGAGAAGCACUUCCCGUUGCAAAACGGAAGCACUUCCAAAGGAGUACUUUUACAUUUCGAAGACAUUGGGAUGAAAGUGUGGAGAUUUCGUUACUCAUACUGGAACAGUAGCCAGAGCUACGUGUUGACCAAAGGGUGGAGCCGGUUCGUGAAAGAAAAGAACUUAAAGGCCGGUGACAUUGUGAGCUUUCAGAGAUCCACCGGUCCAGACAAGCAACUUUACAUCGAUUGGAAGGUCAAAAAUGGGUCAGGUAAUACCAAUCAAAAACCAGUUCACCCGGUCCAGAUGUUUAGGCUGUUUGGAGUCAAUAUAUUCAGUGCAACUACUCAUGGGGUUGAUAGCACUUGCAAUGGCAAGAGAAGUAACAUAGAAAUGGAGUUGUUGGGGUUAGGAAACUGUAAGAAACAAAGAAUUAUCGACCCUUUGUAACAAUUUCUCUUUCUUUGGGGGUGUGUUUGAUAAUAUUUUGGAGUACUCUUUUCUAGAGAUGAUGAUGAGGAAUGGAGCUGGAAAGUGGUGGGAAUGGAAUAGGAGGGGGUGCAAGUUGCAAAAGUUUGUAUAUUUAUUUUAGAAACUGAAAAGAUAAUUGAGCUAAAGAAAGCUCAAUGUAGGGAUCAAGUUGAACAGUUGUAAAAAAACCCCAAGAAAAAUAGAAAUUUUUUGUUUUCCAAAACUUAUCAUCUCAAUUGUGUCCUUGACUAACUUUCGUAUUUGAAUACAUUAUUGUUUGUACCAUAACUUAUUCAUUAACAAUAACAGUUGUAUACGAUAUCUGUGACCUUCUGUCCACUGAUUUGAUCAUACUUGUAGUGUUCUCUCUGUGUGAUCUUAUAGUCUACAUACAGUCAUGUAUGUAUGUGAUUAUGUACAUGUGAUGUAAUAAAGAAAUAAUUUCUUCAA